GGCGCUAUAUAUUGAAAAACCACCUAUAGGGUUUUACCUCUUCGUCUCUGCCGCAAAAACUUAUUUGGGGGGCUUUUCGUUCUUCAAAACUUGAUUCCGAGAUGGUUCUUCAGAACGAUAUUGACUUGCUGAAUCCUCCGGCGGAGCUCGAGAAGAGGAAGCACAAGCUUAAACGUCUUGUUCAGUCCCCCAACUCCUUCUUCAUGGAUGUGAAAUGCCAGGGCUGCUUCAACAUUACCACUGUUUUCAGCCACUCCCAAACCGUGGUGGUAUGCGGCAACUGCCAGACGGUGCUAUGCCAGCCUACCGGUGGGCGUGCUCGGCUCACCGAGGGGUGCUCUUUCAGGAAGAAGGCGGACUGAGGGUGCUCUGAGGUUUUUGUUCCUUAGUUUCAAUUUGAUACUAAUUCCAGGAUUGAAAUGAGCCCAUCAUCUUGAUUUACUUUUUUCGAUAUAUACACUGUUCUCCAAGCUUUAAGAAUUAUUAGCUUAAUCUCGCACUUUUGGUUUUCCCAACUGUAUUGGAUGUGGUUUUGUUUUUUAAGAUAUAAUAUCACUAUGAUCCAGUUUUGAGUUGCA